GAAUUUUUCGUUGCGUCGUCUCCAUUUUGCAGUGCAGCAGGCCGCAUUGAAAAAUUUUUAAUGUGCGAAAAAAGUUUAUUACUGAUAUAAUAAAGUAAAAAUAUGUGGAGUUAAGAGAUUAAACGUUGUGGAAAUAUAUUAAAUAAGUUUAUUAUACUGAGUUGAUAACGUUUGAGGUUAGUUUGUGUGCUAAAAUAACGAAUGUGGUUACUUACCCCCGCCUCCUGUUUUUUUCUGUUCAAAACGCUGAAUUUUACGCUUGCCGCCGUGUGCGUAUCUGAAACCCCAGUUGCCGGGCGCAACUUUUUCCGUGUGGCAGAAACAACUAAUUGAGAGUAAUUAAGAACAAGGUAUAUAACUACUAUAACUGAACCAAAUCCAUUAAAGGAAGAUUUUGAAACACUGUCAUGACGUGAAGGUGCUUAUUUGUGGAUAUUUAAAAAAAAUUGUAAGCCACUCGCAACUGUUAAAAAAAAAACUGCUUAAAAAUGAUGUUCACGGGCACCACCCAACAGCAGGACACUCGCUUCAGCGACAAGGAGAAGAAAUUAAUGAAGCAAAUGAAGUUUGGAGACUGUUUAAAUAAACGUGUGGAUAUGUCCAAGGUGAAACUAGAUGUGUUGCGGCCAUGGAUCAGCAAAAAAAUCACGGAUAUUUUACACAUCGAAGACGAUGUUGUGGUUGAAUUUGUUUACAAUCAGUUGGAGGAAGAAAAAUUUCCUUGCCCAAAGAAGAUGCAAAUAAAUAUGACAGGAUUUCUAAAUGGAAAAAAUGCACGACAGUUUAUGGGUGAAUUAUGGUCUUUAUUACUAUCUGCACAAGAGAGCGAGAGUGGAAUCCCUGCCGAGUUUAUUCAGCAAAAGAAAGAUGAGAUACUUAAGAGGGAAGAGCAACAACGUCAAAAUGAUCGUUCGCGUUCACGCGAUAGGGAUAGAGACAGGGAUCGCGAUAGGGAUAAUGAACGCGAUCGGGAUCGCGAUCGUGACAGACGCACCGGUAGAGAUCGUUCUAACGACGGACAACGCGAUGAAAUGAGUCAACGUGAGCAGCAGUUACCACCAAGUACAUUGAGCGCUAUCGAGCAGGUUAGGUCACAAUUAUCAGCUAAAUCUAGAUCGAAUUCGGCUGAAGAAACUAAUUUAGGUAAUGUUUCCCAAAGCAAGCAAUUUGAGGGGGGUAAUUCAGCCGGUGUGAAUGCUGCGGCAGCAGCAGCUGCAGCUUUACUGCGCGAUCGUUCCAGGUCACCAAAUGCUAGUGCAAGAUCUGCAGCAGCAGAAGCGGCCGCAUCAAAAAUACGCAAUCGAUCACCAAGAAAACGCUCCAGAGAUAGAUCAGUGGUGCGAAAAUCAUCUCGUGAGCGCAAUUUGUCACCGCAGAGACGGCGCAAUUCUCCCAGAGAUAGAAGGCGAUUAUCGCGUUCACCGAGGCGAAGAUCAUCUGGCGGAGAUCGUCGUCGUCGUCGCAGCACUCGUAGUCGUUCCAGGGAUCGUAGUGUUAGACGGCCACCAAGCAAGAAACGUCAGAUUUCACGCUCUAAUUCGCCUCAAAAACGUCAAAGUCCGAAAUCGAAAAGUCGUCGUUCGAAAGAUAGACGAUCGAGAUCAAGAUCACGUUCAAAAUCACCUGUAAAACGAAAGCCAUCCCCAGCGGCAGUAAGAAAUUCCAAAAACACAACUUCAUCUCCCUAUCGGAAGCGUUCAAGCUCGCUACACUCUAAUCCACAUACACCUGUCAAUGGGCAUGAAGACAAUGGACCUGCUAAAAAGCGCGACACUAAAAAGCGUACUCCCUCCCCGAAUCAUAGUGAAAGCUCUCGUGUAUCUGAUGGUGACCAAAGGGCCCCGGCACGCAAAUUAUCUAAAGGCCGUUCUCGUACAAGGUCCGCUAGUAAAAGAUCAGCAAGAGGUGCUGUGUCUUCACGUUCACGUUCACGUUCAAGAUCUUCUUCCCGUUCGUCAAGAGCUUCUGAACGUUUAAAUAAAAAAGCUGUACGUCGAUCUAGCUCACGAAACACCAGUCUUUCGCCAUCGCCUGAGCGUAAAGAGGACUUUGAGAUACGACGUAACAAGAACAGCGUUCAAAAGAAGCGACAUUACCGGCAUAAUCGUGAUUCUUCAGCGAGCUCCAUGGAUAGGGAACGUGACCGUGAGCGCGACCGAGACGGUGGGCGAAGAAUGAUGGCGGACAAUAGAGGCAGACGAGGAGACAUGCCUGGCCGACGAUUCUCACCACAUAAUCGUAGUCCGCGAAAUGAUGGUGGUGGCGGCGGUGGACGCAAUCAACGUUCUCGAUCUCGUCGCCGUUCAAAAUCUCGUAAUCGUUCUAGAUCACGAAAUCGAUCACGUUCUCCUAUGCGACGUUCGCGUUCUCCUCGACGUUUUAAUAGACGCCGCUCUCCAAUGAUGCACUUUCGUGGUCGAGGUGGAGGAAAUAAUCGUGGUCGUAUGAACUUCUGGCGCCGCAGUCCGAGCAGAGGUCGCGGUGGCGGAGGAGGAGGUAUGGGUGGUCCUGGUGGACGCUUUGAUCGCCGUUUCUCACCACAGCGCAGAUACUCGCGCGAACGUGAUCGCGAUCGCCGUAUGUCACCGAUGCAAAAUCAAUUCCGCAAAUUUUCUCCGCAACGGCGAUUCUCUCCUCCCCAAAAUAUGCAGUACCAAAGAAGGUCAAGAGAACGAAGAUUUAGUCCAGCUCCACGCGAUCGCCGACCAUCCUCUCCAAUGCGUGACAACUCUCGUGAUCGAGGUGGAGGAAACAAUUUCGGUCGGUGGGAUCAAAAUAACCGCAAUGUUCAAAAACCAAAAGCCAGAGCCUCAUCAGAGAGUUCGAAUUGGGAGGUAGACGAUGAACCUGUCAAAGAAGCAGCGAACCGUCAGCCCAGCACAACUAAACAAACUAGUCCAAUUAAAAACAACGGAGACCGUUCAAGAAGUCUCAUACGGUCCCGCGAUAGAAGCGGUCGGGAUUCCAGUCAGUCUUCGGAAAGAAUUUCAAAAGCUCGUGAAAAUUCAGGACGACGAUCAUCUGUUGAAUAUGCAGGUCCCUCGGUCAAAACCAUUGACUUAUCCAAAGAAGAGCGUGGUGAAAAUCGUAAAGCAAAGGUGGAUGCAAAUCAAAGUGAAUCUCACCAAGUAAAGAAGCAAGCUCCGCUGACUGUAGCCGCUGCCGCUACUACUGGUUCAAAUUUACGCAACGAGAAGUUACGUGAUCGAUACAGUUCGAGCUUGUCUCGCACACCGUCACCAUUUUUGAAGCCUCACGAACGUGAAAAACUUCAGAAAAAUGCGCUAAAGAAAUCGCAAGAGAAGAAGCCACAAAAGAACCGUAAAGAAAGCUAUACCUCGUCUUCAGAUAGCUCCGGCGAUAGUGAUGACAGUGAAGAUGAGGAGGAGCGUAUUGCAGUUGAAAAGACAAGAGUGUCUGAAUUGCGUACCAAAUCUAAAAGACGAAAGUCAGUAACAAGUGAAGACGAAUCUGACGAUGAUAGUGAAGAUGACCAAGCUAAGAAAAAGUUGAAUUCUAAAGGAUCAAGCAAAGCUCAGAUAUCGGCAGAAUUACCAUCAAGUGGCAAGGCUGGGCGCAAAGAAAAGAAUACACACGCGGAAGAGAAUCGAGAAGAGCGGAAUUCUGUUGAAGUGCAAAACAACCGCGGUAAAGGCAAAUAUGUAAACGAAGUACCAGAAGUAGCGGUUCAAAGUAGUUCGAAAGCACAUAAAAAAAUAGUGGUCGAGAAACAUGCCCCAAGGGAUAACGAUUCAUCCAAUUCAAGCGAUGAUUCCGAAAAGGAACAGUCAGAAAGCAAAACAGCUAGCUCGAAAUCGAAACAAACCGCUUCUCGUAAACGUGCAGUUUCUAUUUCUGGUUUGAAAAAAUCUAAGCGCGAAUCAUCGGAUUCAGAUGAUGAACAAGUUUCAAAGAAGAAACGAAAGAAGGCAAAGAAAACAUCAAAACGUAAUUCAGACGAUGAUAGUUCUUCGGAUUCCGAAGCUGAGGCAAUGUCGAAAAAGAAAAAGCAUAAGAAGCAUAAAAAACACACCAAGAAGAGUAAGAAACACAAGAAACAUAAGAAGAAGAACAAAAAGGCUGAUAGCUCUUCAAGCAGUGACGAGGAAGAUGAAGUCCGCGAACGUACCGGCAAGUCUACAUCAGCAUCUUUACUUCUAGGAGGAGUAAAUGAAGAUUUGGAGAAGCAGUUACGUGAAAGGGCUUUAAAAUCAAUGAAAAAGAACGAGUAAAGACCUGAAUUAACAAUGGUAGACAGACAUGUGCAGGAACGACUGGAUAAUGUGUAUGCUCCACAUUUUAUCAUUUUCCCUGAAUUAUUUUUUUGUACUCCACAAAAUAAUUUAGUUUGUAACCCACACAAUUAUUAAUACUAUAACUUUAGGUAAGUAGGACUUUUGGAGACACCACCCCCAAUAAGAUCUAAUUUUCAAAACGAAUCCUACUUGCGUUAAAAAUCUUGAAAUUUGUUUUGAAAAACAAUUCAUCAUCGCAUGCUAAGAAAUUUGUAACAUACAUACAUGCCUACUUUUAAUAUAGCUGCAGAAUGAGCAAUUGGAAAAGAUUUGGGUAUAAUUGCUGAACAGAAACAGCAAACAAUACAAUAUUUAAUUGCUACAUACAAGAUUUUACAUUCUGUUGAGAGUUGUCAACAUUUAAUUGAUUGAUUUGAAGUUUAGGUUCUAUUAUUUAAGUAGAUUAUAUAUUAUAUAAUGCAUUCACGUUUGUCAACUCAAAGAAACAAACAAAUAAACAUAACUACUACGGAAAAAUGUU